CAAGGAGAAAUGCCACGGGCUUUUAAGUGGAGCUAUUUUGGGAUUUAUGUGUGCCUUUUUCUACUGGAUUUUCACUUCCAAACGGUGGUCGGACAGCUCUCUUACUCAAUUUCAGAGGAGGUAAACGUGGGGACUCCUGUUGGAAAUAUAGCCAAGGAUUUGAAUAUCAAUUUAAAAGAGCUGGAAUCUCGCAUGUUUCAGAUAGUUACUGGAUCAAAACGAAAAUUCUUUGAGGUAAAUACAAAGACUGGUGCCCUGUAUGCUAAUGAGAGAAUAGACAGAGAGGAGCUUUGCUCAGAUGAACUAAAAUGCUCUGUAAGUGUUGAGGCUGUGAUUAAUAAUCCAUUAAAGCUUUAUCGUAUAGACGUGGACAUUUUAGAUGUGAACGACAAUGCUCCACUCUUUACUACCAAACUGCAAAAUUUAUUUAUUGCAGAAAGUACAUUACCGGGAGUGAAAUUUGCAUUAUCUGAAGCAACUGAUGCAGAUGUGGGGAAAAACGGUGUUAAUACUUACAAAUUAAGCCAAAAUGAACAUUUCUCUUUAGCGGUGCACAAAGCCGGUGACACUGUGUCUGCUGAGUUGGUGUUGCAAAAAGCUUUGGACCGGGAAAAGCAAGCCGUGAUCACCAUGAUAUUGACUGCUGUUGAUGGAGGAAAUCCCCCAAAAUCAGGCACUUCGCAGCUCGUUGUCAAUGUGUUGGACAUUAAUGACAAUAUUCCGGUAUUUAGUGAGUCUUUGUACAAAACAAAGAUACCCGAAAACGCCCCUCGUGGGACAACGAUAAUCACAGUGAACGCGACAGACGCAGACGAGGGCCUCAACAGUGAGAUCAUCUAUUCUCUGAGAAGUAAGGAUCAAGACCGAAUACUUGAUAUAUUUGAAAUUGAAAAAGAGACGGGGGUCAUCAGAGUUAAAGGAGACAUAGAUUUUGAGGAGAAAAGAGCCUUUGAGAUACGUGUUGAGGCGAGUGACAGAGGCCAGCCUCCGAUGUCUGCUCAUUGUAAGGUGUUGGUGGAGGUGGUUGAUCUAAAUGACAAUGCGCCUGAGAUCACCGUGACGUCCCUACAUAACACGGUGAAGGAGGAUGCUGCUGUAGGCACUGCAGUUGCACUUGUGUCAGUCCUCGACAGAGACGGUGGCAAAAAUGGCGAGAUUCAAAUCGAGAUUAAAAAUGAUGCUCCGUUCAAACUAGAAACAAACUAUAAGAACUAUUAUUCUCUGCUAGUUGAUGGGCCGCUGGACAGGGAGCGCGUAUCUAUCUACAAUGUGACUAUAGUUGCUAAUGAUAAAGGGAGCCCACCGCUCUCCAGCACCAGUAUGCUUUCCAUUCAAGUUUCUGAUGUCAAUGAUAACGCGCCUCUGUUCCCAGAGGCUGCAAUUAAUGUAUACGUAAAUGAGAAUAGUCCGGUGGGAUUAGUGAUUAAAACUGUAACUGCGACUGAUGCUGACAGCGAUUUAAACAGCAAAAUCUCCUAUUCAUUUCUUGGAAGUAAAAGUAACACUUUACUGUCAUCCACAAUGGUAAAUAUCAAUUCAGAGACAGGAGAAAUUAUAAGUCUGCAGUCUUUUAACUUUGAAGAGAUGAAAACGUUUCAGUUCAAAGUUCAGGCCACAGACUCUGGAGUUCCUCCACUCAGCAGCAACGUGUCCGUCAAUGUUUUUAUCCUCGAUGAAAAUGACAACAGUCCAGCCAUUCUUGCUCCUUAUUCUGAGCACAGCUCCGUCAACAGUGAGAACAUCCCAUAUUCUGCAGAAGCAGGAUACUUUGUGGCAAAGAUCAGGGCUGUGGAUGCAGACUCUGGAUACAACGCACUGCUUUCUUAUCACCUGUCUGAACCCAAAGGAAACAACCUGUUCAGGAUCGGAACCAGCACGGGAGAAAUCAGGACAAAGAGGAGGAUGAGUGACAAUGACCUGAAAACUCAUCCCUUGGUGGUGCUGGUUUCUGACAAUGGAGAGCCCUCCCUCUCAGCUACUGUCUCCAUUGAUGUGGUGGUUGUUGAAAGCACCGCUGACAUCCAGACUCAGUUCAGACACGUGCCUGUAAAGGAGGACAGCUUCUCGGAUUUGAACCUGUACCUGCUGAUUGCCAUCGUGUCAGUGUCCGUCAUCUUUCUGCUGAGUCUCAUCAGUUUAAUAGCUGUGAGAUGCCACAGGACAGAGAGCUCUUUCAGCAGGUACAGCGCCCCCAUGAAUCACCACACCCCUGACGGGAGCUGGUCUUACUCCAAAUCUACUCAGCAGUACGACGUGUGUUUCAGCUCAGACACACUGAAGAGUGAUGUGGUGGUUUUCCCUGGACCGUUUCCACCUGUAGAUGCUGAACUGAUCAGUAUAAAUGGAGGAGACACUUUCACCAGAACUCAGACUUUACCCACAAAGGAAAAGGUUAAAUAA